UCCACCAUCCCCACCACCAUCCCCCUCGGCUUCGCCGCCCAACUCCGACGCCUCCAAAACUUCCAAGAAGACCACACCUCUCGCAUCUCCGCGCUGGAACGCGAAACCUCGUCGCUCAAAGCCCUCACCGCCACCCUGACCGCUCGCAUCGAAGCCCUAGAAGCGCACAACGCAUACCUGGCCUCGCGCCGCCGCGAGCUCGUCGCCCAGCUCAACAACCUGCGCACGCUGAAUCAACAGGCGGACAAUGCAUUUCAGAUGCGCAGCGUGGAUAUUCAGCCGGACGAUCUGGAGCGUAUGCUGAGUCUGCAUAGUGCCAUGGUGACCACGGCCGUGAAUCAGCAUCAGAGGGCCCUGGCGCAGUUGAGGGCGAGUAUGCAUGUGGGUGCUGCGGCCGUGUAUGCGAAGCAGGGUCAGGGUGGCGUGAGGUAUACGUAUCCGCCUGCGUACUCGGAGCAGGGGUAUUGUUUUCAGCAUAAUAUGCCGUAUUGCUGCCAGGUUUGUGGCAAGUGA